AACUAAAACAGGAUCCCUCAGCAUGGGCUGAGAGAAGCUUGUGUCCUCUUCUACAGGAAGACAGAAGGCAGCCAAGAUGUUACGCAUGAUGACAAAGAAGGGUUGGAAAGACUGGGACAGACCUAAUACCCACAGCAGCGUGGGUGCAUGUUAGCCCAGGUCUCUGAUUCCCGGGCCCUGCACUGCCAUGUGUGCUGUGGGCACGAGAACUGCGAGUCUCUCGUGGAGUGCGCCUUGACGGACAAGUACUGUGUGAUCACUCGGGCCACCAAUCCUGGUGGCAUCCUGGUCAUGAAGUCCUGCGCCCCAACCUGCCCCAACAGCACCGUGUCUUCAGAUGGCCGUGCCCUCUCUGUCUCCUGCUGUCAGGGGAGCCAGUGCAACCGCAGUGCUGCCUCAGGCCUGACCGGCAGCCUUGGGGCUAUAUGGGCCAGCGCCUCUAUCAGCCUACUGUGGGCACUGCUUCGAGCUGCCUAGUGAGGGCCUGGGUGGCCUUUCCGUAUCAUCGGGGAUCUGUCUGCAACCUCAGCAGCAUCCUACCCCGACCCAGCCCAGGCUGUUACUCUCUCUCUCAUCAUUAACCCCAAGACACAUUCAAUCUUCCCUUCUCUCACAGAAAGGAAGUUAACUACACCUGUCCCAAAGGCUCCUGCCCCAGAGCCUAGCUCUCCUGCCUCAGGAAAUCUUCCAAGAGGGCACAAGGACACACCUCCCCAAGACCCUCACCUCUAUGAGACCUUCAGAGUCCUGGGAGUACCUAGCUAGCUACCUUCAGUAGGAAGAGCCGAUGUUUCUCGCAACUCCCUCCACCCUCAACCUUAGGCUUGGCAUUUGUACUACCCUCUCCUCUCUCUGAAAGGAUGCUAUAUGUUGGCCGUCUGGGUCCCUGGACCUCUUCUAUGUGUGAAGCAACCCUGGCAUAUGGCAUGAUUGUAAGAUUUGGGCACUGUCUAACUGAACAUCAGCUUUUAAAAGAUCCCCUGACUUCCCAUAGUAUGUGUAUGUGUAGGGGUAAGGCAGAUCAUCUUGGGCUUUGUGUCAGGAAUUAGAAUGGGUAUCCAUUCUCCCUGGGCAUGGAGAAACCUGCUUUGUCUCCCUGGCAGCAACAUCUCGCCACUCCUUCCCCAAUGCUGUCCUAGGAGAAGAAUUCAUGCUCAGGUCUGCUUGGUCCGAGGUAUUGGGUCUUGGGCAUUUCUGGUUCUUGGUCAACUUCAUCCUCAGAGACAUGCAGGUGGCCAUGAGACAGUGCCAAGUGAAAUUCUUAAUGCACUAAUAAGCCCAGGUGCGGGAGUGGUGCCUCUGCCUUGGACUCAGGCCUCCCAUGUCUGUAGUGAGUCGCAUUGGCCAAAAUAGAGGAAAAAGACUUCUAUCACACCCCAACCUAGAAGGGUUCCCUGAGAGCUCUUCUGAGAUAUGAUGUCCCUGGUGCUGCUAACUGGUGAAGUGUUUGCAUCUGUCACAGUGUGCCCUGGUCCCCAAAAGUCCAUACUUUUGUGUUGGCAGCACAACAAACCCUCAGCUUUCUGAACAGUCACCAGUACUCUGAGGCCACUCAAAGCCACAUCUCCUUGGGGGGAGGGAAGGGGCUCUUCUUGAGGGGCAGAGCCAGAGCCCUUCAAGUCUGGAGCGUUUUAUUCCCUACCCCUGCUGUCUUUGCCUGUCCCUGUAAUAAAACACUCUG